AUGGCCUCCGAACUUCCCUACAUGAAGACCAACCCCAAGAUCAUCUUCUUCACUGAUUUUGAUGGGACUAUUACUCUCCAAGACAGCAAUGACUACCUGACCGAUAACCUUGGCUAUGGACAAGCGAAACGCCGUCAGGGUAACUUUGAUGUGCUUGAAAACAGGUCCAGCUUCCGUGAUGCCUUCCGUGAUAUGCUAGACAGUGUCAAGACCCCGUACAACGAGUGCAUCGAGUACCUCCAGAAGAAUAUGAAGCUGGACCCCUACUUCGUCGAGUUCUAUAACUGGGCCAAGGAGAACAACGUGCCCAUUGUGGUUCUGUCAUCGGGAAUGGUCCCAAUCAUCACCUCAUUGUUCGAGACUUUGCUGGGCCACAAGCCGGAUCACCUCCAUAUCGUCGCCAAUCAGGUCGAAAGCCGCGAUGGUAAAGACAUCAACUCCGAGGGAGGUUGGCAGAUUAAGUACCAUGACGACAGUCAUUUUGGACACGACAAGUCUUUGGAGAUCAAGCCAUACGCAGCACUGCCAUAUGAGGAGCGUCCCACCUUGCUUUAUGCAGGAGAUGGCGUUUCUGAUCUGUCCGCAGCAUCUGAAACUGACCUUUUGUUCGCAAAGAAAGGACAUGAUUUGGUGACUUUCUGCGAGCGCGAAGGAAGACCAUUCACAGUCUUUGAGGACUGGUCAUCGAUCCUCGCCACGACCAAAGACAUUCUGAGCGGCAACAAGACGGUCAAGAGGGUGGCUCAGGAGGGUCCGAAGAAGGCCCACCAGUAA